CACCCCAACUCCACUCCUCCCUGCCUCCCCACAGAGAAGGCCCAUCUCGUGGUCGAGCUUGCUCCCGCACCCGCGGCGGUGGCGGCGGCGACCAGAGGAAGAGGGCGCUGCCUGCUGGGGCUGGGAGCAUGGCCGGGGCGCUGCUCUUCCUCCUCAUCCUCCUCUGUCCCUUUGCAGAGGAGACGGCUGCUGCUGCAGGUAAACAAAGCGUUGUCCAUGAUGACUUGAAUUCAGGCCAGGUGACCAACCCCAUCACAACAGUCCCCUCCACUAACCCGACGCCCACCAUCAUCACCGUGCCUUCCACAAAUCCUACCAUCACCAUCCCUUCCUUGAACCCUUUGCCCACACCUAUCAUCGAAACCCCUCCUUCCACAGCGCCGCCAGUUCCAGUCAUAUAUCCACUGCCAACGCCUUUGAACUCCUCCCCACCGACUGUGCCGAUCACCAAUCCCGCUGUAACCACACCGUCCACUUUCCCUCCAUUGGCACCAUUCACCAACCCACCAGCGUCAAACCCAACACCUACACCGCCUCCUGCUCAAAUAAUCACAGCUCCAGCUGUGUCCAGUCAGCAGGUCUGGUGUGUGGUCAAGGCUGCUGGUUCAAGCGAAGCUGCGCUCCAGAACGCGCUCGACUACGCGUGCGGCAUUGGGGGAGCAGAUUGCUCAGCGAUUCAGCCAUCGGGGAGCUGCUACUAUCCAAAUACUCUCCAGGCCCAUGCGUCCUAUGCUUUCAACACCUAUUACCAGAGGAACCCUGCACCUUCAAGCUGUGACUUUGGGGGGACGGCAAUGCUCGUCACUGCUAAUCCAAGCUCAGGGAGCUGUGUUUUUGCAUCCUCAUCAAGCUCUACUGUUGGAUACAAUCCUGCCUCCACUGCUACUCCAUUGUCAUCAUCGUCUGGUUCUGAUUCUAGAUCACCAGUGCUGAAUGCUAGUGGGGCAGGCUCUUCAGAACCAUCAGAGUUUAGCCCAGACAUCCCAGGAGCAGUUGACAUGGACAACGGUUGGAGGUCAAUUAAUCCGCUCCACUGGUCCUGGGCAGCCCUGGUCUGGAUUCUGCAUUCUGUGUGCAUAUAGAAGGAAUGGUUUGAAAACACGCAGGAGCAAAAAGCUAGAGCGCUAGGAAGGUAGAGAUUUAGAGAAUCAGGCGGUCAGGCCUCUAAGUCUGUGAAUGUAUGAAGGUUUUUUUUUUGCGAUCGAAUGUAUGAAGUAUGUUAAUUGAUAAUUAGGGCAGUUGUAUGGUACUCCAGUUAGUAGUGAGAACUGGGAACUAAGUAGUUCUGAUGGAUGCACUCACCCUGACUGUUCACUCAGUAGAGUAGAUGUAGCUGCUGCUAGUUGUAUGGCAAACACUGUUUUGCCUCCUUUUGAUCCGAGAAACGUCCUAUGUGUGACUGAGCUAAACAACUGAUGGAAUACAUGGUCGUUUUGUUUUAGCU